GCCGUGACGCGCAGGCCGGGCCGGGCCGGGCCUGGCCGGGACAGGGGCGGCGGCGGCGGCGGGCUGGGCCACGGGAUGGCGAUGUUCCGCAGUCUGGUGGCCUCGGCUCAGCAGCGGCAGCCGCCAGGCGGGCCCGCAGGCGGCGACAGCGGCCUGGAGGCGCAGUACAGCUGUCCCAUCUGCCUGGAAGUCUACCAUCGACCCGUGGCCAUCGGCAGCUGCGGACACACGUUCUGCGGGGAGUGCCUCCAGCCGUGCCUGCAGGUGCCGUCGCCCCUGUGCCCGCUGUGCCGCCUGCCCUUCGACCCCAAGAAGGUGGACAAGGCCGCCCGCGUGGAGAAGCAGCUUUCGUCUUGCAAGGCGCCCUGCCGGGGCUGCAGUAAGAAGGUGGCGCUGGCCAAGAUGAGGGUGCACGUGGCCUCCUGCGUGAAGGUCCGGGAGCAGAUGGCCGCCUGUCCCAAGUUUGUCCCCGUGGUGCCCACGUCCCAGCCCAUCCCCAGCGCCAUCCCCAACAGGUCCACCUUCGCCUGCCCUUACUGUGGUGCCCGCCACCUGGACCAGCAGGAGCUGGUGAAGCACUGCGUGGACAACCACCGCGGCGACCCCAACCGCGUGGUGUGUCCCAUCUGCUCGGCCAUGCCUUGGGGCGACCCAAGCUACAAGAGCGCCAACUUCCUGCAGCACCUGCUCCACCGGCACAAGUUCUCCUACGACACCUUCGUGGACUACAGCAUCGACGAGGAGGCCGCCUUCCAGGCCGCCCUGGCCCUGUCUCUCUCCGAGAACUGAAGGCGCGGCCACUGGCCCAGCCCUCCCGCCUCAAGGGACAGGCCCUGCCAGCUCCUUGGGCCCAGGCCUGCCUGGGAAGGCGCCUUGAGGGCCAGGUGGAGCCUCACUGCUGCAGGACGAGAGACCACA